AACAGUAAAAGGAAAACGGCAAAAUGAAAUUCCAUGCUCUAUUUUUGCUCCUCUGCGUAGUCGUGGGUCAGUCCUCGGCCAAAUAUCAGUUGCGCACUCAAGAGGAUGCUCUACGGGCGCACGAGGAGUGCCACGAGGAGUUCCGUGUGCCAGAUGAUAUCUAUGAAAAGUUCUUGAACUACGAGUUCCCAGAACACCGACGCACCAGCUGCUACGUCAAGUGCUGGGUGGAGAAAAUGGGUCUGUUCAACGAGCGCAAGGGUUUCGAUGAGAAAUUCAUUAUUGCCCAGUUCACGGCGAAGAAUCACAAGGAUCUGGAGUCGGUGCGUCAUGGCCUGGAGAAGUGCAUUGACCACAACGAGGCAGAGUCCGACACCUGCACCUGGGCCAAUCGAGUGUUCUCCUGUUGGCUGCCCAUCAAUCGCCACGUGGUGCGCAAAACCUACGCCUAAGCCCUAGCCGAUCUGGCCGGCGAUGCCAAAAUUCUGGAGAAAUGUUUGCGCACCCUGAGCACACCGGAGCACAUAGACGCCGAUCUGCAAAAGCUUGAGCGCUAUGUCGAUUGGAGCAGCGAGGAGCUGCCCUGCCUGAUGCGCUGCCUCGCCCACGAGAAAGGCUGGUUCGACAUCGACGCCAACAAGUGGCGGAAGCAGCGUCUGGUGGACGAGCUGGGUGCCGAUAUCUACAACUACUGUCGCUACGAGCUGCAGCGCAAGCAGCGGGAUGGCUGCACCUAUGCCUAUCGGGGCCUACGCUGCCUCAAGCAGGCCGAAACGCAUGCAGGCACCAGCUACACAAAGCUGCUUCAAUGCGCCCGCCAGCUGAACGCCAGCAACGUGGAGCUGCUGCAGUACACCAAGCUGCGACCCAAGGAGAGCAUUCCCUGCCUCUUCGAAUGCUUUGCAGGUGCUAUGCAUUUCUACGACAAGACGGGCAAUUGGCAGCUGAGCAAUUGGCAUCAGGCCUUUGGACCCAGUCGCCACGACCAGCACGAUUUUGAAUCCUGUCGCAGCAGCGAGGAGCAGCGUCUGCGUGCCGACAAUAAGUGUGCCUGGAUGUAUGAGGAAUAUCUCUGCUGGGAGCGCCUAAACGGCAACUUGGAAGCAGAGCCUAUUGACACAACAACAACAGCAACAAUGACGACGACGACAAAAGCAACUGCAAACUAGUUAACACUUUCGAUUUUAACAUAGCAUUGACUGUAUGUAUUAUAUAUAGUACUUAUAAAAUAAGUCGGCACUACUCUUAAAAAAGGAUGAA